ACUCACAAAUGAACACACAGAUGUCACCAGUGAUGGACUGCUGCAAACCAGCUGAGUGAAGUCCUUGGUUACACUUAAAGGAUUUAUCACCACAUUUUCCUUUACACUGGCGGAUAUCAGCCCAAGAAUUCAGUGUCACUUAAAAUGUCUGGAGCCAGAUUCCUCAACAAAUCUUAAGCCCCUGAUGCAUCGAGCAUUGAGGAAAAUCUCACUAACCAUAUGUCUGAGCUUUGGAAAUCUCUGCUUAUUUAAUAAGAAAGAGAGUGAAUGCCAGGCUGCAUUUCUUACAUCAUUGCCAGUUUGUCAACCCUGACAAAUGCACAAGCUUCACUAUCUUUAUUUGUGCCUUGACCAGCAGAUUGGAUCUAAUUUAGGAUGAGGUCCCCAGUGUCAGGGUGCUGCCCACCGUCCAAAUCUGUUGUAUAACUGUCUCUAAACAGUAUCAGCAGUGAUUUUUAGCUGAAGACAGACUGGUUUGGCCUGUGUGCAGAGGCUGUGCCUAUUUAUUGUCAUGUGUGUUGAAUAUUAAAGAAUAUUCAAGUAAUUUGAGUAAUCUGUGUUAAGGAAAACAGUUUAAAACAGUGGCUUAAUUAAUGAAAAAGCAGCUAUGUAAAACAUAAACGAAUAGCAGCUUUAUGAUAAUAAGACUUUAUAUCUAUGGGUGCCCUUCAGGACACUAAGGCUCAUCUUAUAAAUACAACAAGGGUAAAACAGCUCACUAUCAGGCAGCAAUAUGCAAUAAAAGGCAACAAUAUACAGUGCACCGAAGUAGCAGGAGUGAUUUUGAAUAUACAGCAGGAAAGGGGCGUGGUUACAAUGAAUAAACCUUUUUUUUUACAGGUGGGUUUUCAGUAUUUGGAAGUAAGGAGAGUUGAAAUAUUAGAUGGCCUGUGGGAAAGGAAUUAAAGAUUGAGGGUGGCAAGUGAGACUCCAUAGUGGUUAAGCAAGCAGGAAGUACAGAGAUGACAAGUUAUGGAGAGUCUUGAAUGUAAGGAGAAUCUUGCAUGUUAUUUGACUGGCAGCCAGUGAAGUUGUUGGAGAAUUUGGAUGAUGGUUUUAAUGGACAGUGUGUUCUGGACCUGCUGAAGUUUAUGGAGAAGCGUGUUUGUCUUUAUUUAAUCAUGUAACAGCUAGGUCAUCAUUUGUAUGGGCAAAUGACAAGAAAGCACUUGUGGCUUAACUUGUGUUUGCAAUUUAAUGAUCUGAUCAUCAUUUAUGUAAUCUUUCAAAAAUUUUUAUACAGUCAUUUAUAUAUAUUCAACUAGCAUACAGUAAUGCUUUUGACCUAAACUAAUUGAAUGAGAAAAAGUGGUUUAGAGUUGAAAGUUUGACUCAGUUAAGACUGAGGAGGAAUGAUAUAUUUAUAUUUGACCAGAAGGAAGCAGUUGGUAAUGAUUGUGUUUGAAUCACCAGAUUUACUUACAUUGGAUAAUCAUACACAAAUUAUGCUGAGCUGCAGAAAGUCCUGCUGUUGGUAGAAUAAAAAUGCUUUCCAUUUAUAGGAAAUGUUUUUGCAUGUAGCAGACAUCAGUGUGCUUAACAGUAAUAAAUAGCUUUUCUCUUUUUUGGGAUUUUUUUUUUUGCCUUUAUUCAGAUAGGAGAGCUGAAGAGAGACAGGAACUAUAGGGGGAGAGAGAGAGUUGUGGGAAGACAUGUACCAAGCAGAACCGGGACCAGGAUUUGAUUCCACGGCCAGUGCAGCUAAACUAGUGCCCUGUAUAGCUCUUUUCUUUUACUUUUAUUUAAAAAUUGCAUUUCUCACUGUGAAACUUGCAUACAGGAAUACAAACUGACUGCUUGCUUUUUAUGUGGAGUUUGUUGCAAACUCCAAGCAGGCUUUUGUGUGUCUUGCACUGAGGAGACUCUUCCAGCCAUUUCACCAUAAGCCCAGAUCGGUGGAGGGCUGCAGUGAUGGUCGUCCUACUGGACCUUUGUCCCUUCUCCACUCGGGAUCUCUGGAGCUCAUUUAAAGUGAUCAUCAGGUUCUUGGUCUGAUAUGCAUUGUCAGCUGUGAGGACUUCUAUAGAGAGGCUCGCUACAGGAAGGAACAGACAACAACCCAGCCAGUUCCCUGGAUCCCCCCUGUGGACAACCUGCUGAAAGACAGCACAGACGGCUCAGCUUUAGGUGCUCUGCUGCACUUCUACUGCCCUCAACUGCUACCUUUAGAAGAUGUUUGUCUGAAGGAGAACAUGACGCUGGCUGACCGACUCUACAAUCUGCAGCUUAUUCAGGACUUCUGCAAAGACAACCUGAGCAGCUGCUGCCACUUCAGCCUGGAGGACAUGCUGUACGCCUCCUCCACCAUGAAGAAUAACUACCUGGUGUUCAUGGCAGAGCUGUUCUGGUGGUUUGAGGUUGUGAAGCCAUCUUUUGUGAAACCAAGAUUGCUGGACAAUGAAGGCAAAGAGCACCCAUCCUUGCUGAAGAGCAUCCCAGCCGUCCCCAUCUCCAAAGCAACAAAGAGGAGCUUCAUGGAAAGACCCCCGAGUCCUGAAAGACCCAGUUUGCCUCUCCGACCCCAGCCUCGGAGCUCAGGUGAGAUCAAGAGGUCAACCUCAAUGUCCUUUGUUGAUGGCAACCUUGGCACCUGGCCCAAAGAGAAAAGGUCUGGGCCUUAUGGAGUGUCUUUUGACAUCCCCUUCGACAAAGAUGACUCUGCUCCCACCCCUCUGUCCUCCAUGCGUGGCAUGGUCAGGUCCGUCAGCACUGAUGAUGGUUCUGGCUUCAGGGUCCAGCACCUUCCCCGAGGAAUGAAGCGUAACCUGUCCUUCCAGCCAGUAAACGGUCAGAGUAUCGGCAUCGAAGAGGAGGGAUGCCCAGACAGCCUGGCUGGUGUGGAGCCUGGUAGGCGAGCGUACCCCAACGGGCAUGGAGGCGUCAUGGCACGGACUCCCUCCAUUGAGGAAGCCCUUGAGAUUAUCCACAGUCCAAACAGGCCCCCAGUGGAAGGGAUCAACAAUGGUUUCUUUCUGCACAGUCAGGACCACAGGGCAGGUGCUUGUGGCUUGGAGCCAGUGUCAGAGUCAGACUCCAAAGGGCCUCUGAGCACCACAGACACCACCGAGGUAGACACUGGCAUCCAUAUCCGAACAGAAGACAUGCUGGAUGAGGAUUCCUCUCUGAAAGACUGCUCUGUGAACAUGGACCUUGAUAUGGACACUCCAAGCCCCUGCCCAAGUAAUCAAAGCAAAUCCCCCUCAGGAGUGAAGAUGACCAGCUUUGCCGAACAGAAGAUGAGGAAGACAAAUCCAUCAGCACCAGACUCAGGGAGAGGCAGCAGCAGCUCCCUAAAGAUCACUCCAGAGGGCUCUGACUGUUACCUUCCAUUAUCUGUCUCUUGGGCCCCAACUCCUGAGCACAGCCCUGUCCAUCAACAAACCACACCACCCCUUACUGCUCAACCUUCACCCACACCUGUGCAACUGCCACCUAAUGAUCCAGCUCAGGUCAUGGCUACAGAGAUGGUACAGCUGAGGAUGAGGCUGGAAGAGAAACGUAAAGCCAUUGAAGCACAGAAGAAGAAAGUGGAAGCUGCUUUCACACGACAUCGACAAAAGAUGGGCCACUCAGCGUUUCUCAAUGUGGUUAAAAGAAAAGGAGAUGGUGCUGCUAGUGGAGAAGAAGGAGGGAAAACUGAUGGAGAAGGCAAGGCAGCAAGUCCUACUUUUAAAUUUGGGAGGAGCAAGGCAGACACACCUGAUGGGGCCGAGCAAAGCAGCACAGCCUCCUGCUGGACGAAGUCACCCAGUGCAGUAGAGGAAGGCGGGCCGAGCCACGUUCAGCCAACCGAGGUAGACCUUACCGAGUACACUCGCUCUAUAGAGAAGCUCAAUCAUUCGUUAGCUUUUCUUCAGACUGAGAUGCAGCGACUGGCUCAGCAGCAGGAAGUGAUCAUGGCCAUGAGGGAGCAACAACAUCAGCAAGCGUGGGUAAUCCCCGCUACACAUACAACCCCAUCACCACAAAAACACGGUCGUGCAGCAGCUGUCACACGAUCCUCAGGACCUUCUUCUCCAGCCGACUCCCCUCGUUCCACCCACCGCUCUCCAACUAGCAUCAAACGCAAAUCUGCCUCCUUUCAUUCACGUAACCCACGCACAGUUCGCCCUAAUGAACUAAAGCUUGCCCCUUACAAUCGAGUCCUAACGGCCCCCCAGUCUGUCGAUAGCAUCCCAAGGUUACGCCGAUUUUCCCCCUGCCAGCCCUCAGCCUGUUCCCUUGUUUACAUGGGGGAGAAACCAGCAGCCAAACCAGCAACAGUAGCCUCAAAUGAAGAUAAAGACAAGGAGACUGAGCCAGUACUCUCGCCAGAGAAGGAGCUUACCACUAUAUGUGUAGCAAACACACUUUCUAGCUCCCCCAGCCUGCAGAACAAAAGAGAACAGACGGAAGUAGGUUCAAAAGCCAAACCUCAGGAAACAGAGGUACACAGCCAAUCUACUGACACAAAAACAGCUGACCAGAAAGUUCUGCCAUCAGAUCGCAAACCUUCAAUAGGGUCAUCAUUUCCAGAGGUUCUGGCCCAUCCUGUGGUAGAGACCUUUACAGUGACACCUACAGAGAUUCCUCCCAAACAGGAGGUCUCCAGUCAAGUCAAGAGUAGCUUGAUUGAGGUUCCUCUGUCAGUGGUGAAGCCUCUGGAGGAUCUGACUCUUGAAGAUGAUUCAGAGACCCAGCAGGUUACUGUGGAAGGGUCGGAUUACGAACAGAAGAUGUGUCGUGGUUUCUUCUUUAAGGAGGAUGGAAAGGCCGAGGAGAACAUGGCUCAAAAAAGAGCAGCGCUGCUGGAGAAAAGGAUGAGGAGGGAGAAGGAGACGCAGCAAAGGAAGAUGCAGCAGGAGGCUGAGCUGGAGCAGAAGAAGGAGGAAGCUCGACUCAAAGCUGAAGAGGAGCGCAUCAGGAAGGAGGAAGACAAGGCGAGGAGGGAAUUCAUCAAACAGGAGUAUCUCAGGAGGAAGCAGCUGAAGCUGAUGGAGGACAUGGACACGAUCAUCAAAUCUAGACCAGCCACCGGGGCCAAACAAAGGCGGGGGCGGCCCAAGUCCAUCCAUCGUGACAGCGUGGACUCCCCAAAAACGCCAGUCAGAGCUGCUACAGGUUCACGACAACGUGUCUUUUCAGUCUCCAGCUUGUCCCUCGCUUCCCUCAACCUUGGAGACAGCGACAGUGUCCACUCUGAGAAGAGGGCGCCAAGAAGUUCUAGUUUAGCCUCUGGCGGUCUCUUCUACUUUCUGAGCUCUCCUAAACUAAGAAGGAGAAGGCCAGAUUCAGCAGAUGGCUUCCUGUCUCCGAGCCGCUCCAGCAGCAGGAAUGGAGAAAAGGACUGGGAAAAUGCGUCCACAACCUCCUCUGUUACAUCAAACACAGAGUACACAGGACCAAAGCUGUACAAGGAGCCCAGUGCCAAAUCCAACAAGCACAUCAUCCAGAACGCUCUGGCCCACUGCUGCCUGGCAGGCAAGGUUAAUGAGGGCCAAAAGAACAAGAUCCUGGAGGAAAUGGAGAAAUCAGAGGCCAACAAUUUCUUGGUUCUGUUCCGAGACGGCGGCUGCCAGUUCCGCUCCCUCUACACCUACUACCCCGAGACGGAGGAGAUCAACAAGCUGGCGGGCAUCGGCCCCAAGAGCAUCACGCGCAAGAUGAUCGACGGCCUCUACAAGUACAACUCGGACAAGAAGCAGUUCAGUCAGAUACCAGCCAAGACCAUGUCAGCCAGUGUGGACGCCGUGACGAUCCACAACCACCUCUGGCAGACCAAGAAGCCAGCUACCCCGAAAAAAGUAGUGCCUGCCCAGUCCUAAUGGAACUUGACGUCCUGAUUAUCAUUUCCCCUUCAAAUGGAACAAACCUAUUUCAAUUUGCACUUCACUGUACAUAUCCAUAAAGAUUCAAGCACCUGCAAUGCCAGUUAGAUGAAUGCAUAUUUGGUUUUUUUAUGUUUGUUUUUUCUCAUUGCAUUCCUGUCCUUUUUUUCUCCUUACUCUGGACUGGACAUGAUAGCACUCAAAGAACAACUGGAAUGUACGCUACUGUUGAAUAAUAAUGUAAAUGAUUAUUACGUUUUUAGAGAUUGUCAUGUUUGAAUCCUUUAAUGAAGGCAUGUGCGAGUGUUGUUUUUUGUCGAUUAUGUGCCAAAUUUCAAAAAAGAGACAGUAUGAAUGCUAGGACAUUGAUUAGGUACGCUGAAGCACUGAAUGUUUUUAAUUCAUGUACAGAAACGUUUUGUUUGCGUUACUCUGUUGAUGUGUGGCCUUAUGUGCGUUUUCUUUUAGAGUGCGAGUGCAAUGAGGUGAUUGUAUAACAGCAUAUGUAUAGAGGGAUUUUUUUGUAUUUGGAGGAACCUUUUGUUUUUAGUAUGUGGGUAAAGCAGUUUGUAUAUUAUGGUACGCAAAACUACAAAGGGCCAAAAAGUAAUAGCAUACAGCUAGUGUUAGCCGCACAGUAUAUAUGUGUUCAGCUCAACAAAGCAAAACGGUUUCAGCUUUUUUACAACUCUUUUUAAGAAAGUGAGUUUGAAGGAUGGCAGAUUUUACUCUAGAUCACUGGUUCUCAACCUGUUGGAAGAAAACCUACAGACCUGUGUGGAUCUGAACUAUAUGCUGAUUAACUGAAUGGAGGUGGCUGGGGUGGAGGAGGGUUGCAGUGUCCAUACUGAAACGACAGGCUGACUUUGAAAGAGAGAAUUUAAAAUAUAACAGGUGCAUGAUGAUUGGUCAAACAAGGUUGUGGCAGAAUCGGAUUGGAUGAGUGCUAGAGAGUGAACGCCUAUAACCCUAACGCAGCCUAGGGAUGUGUUUGAGUAUUUACAAAGAACUGAAGAAUAAACAUAAAAAAUCUCUUCAGGGUCAAAUUUGAAUUUGGAUUUUUUAUGCAGAGUGACAAUGACUCAGCUAAAAAGAGUGAGAACCAGUGUUAUAGAUCAUUUGUGCUGCUAAUACAUACAGCUCAGUAUUUGUGUUUUUAUUUUGAAAAGCUUCCUGCUGCUGUACCAUGUAGGAUUUUUGCAUUAUAUCACACACAUUAAACACUCACCCAAUAGUUUUAGGACUAUAACAGAUUUUCAAGAACAAGUAUUCCUCUUCAUUUAGAUAUCUAGAUACAAAAUUAAAUUGUUACUUUUUGACAAAAAGUAUUUAAUUGUUCACAGCUCCAUCAUUCUAACAAAGUUUGGAAAUCUAAGGAACUUAAAAAACAGCUGGUAAACACGAAUUGUAGUCAGCACAUUUUAUAGUGCAUUUAGUAAGAGGAAAAUGGCCACACUGUUGGAAUGGGUUUAAUCAUUUUCACACAUCUGUACAUCUACUGCUCAACAUGAGAACCAUGUUGAAACAGUGUGUGGAAAAACAAGCAUUAGCAACAUAUUUGUUUGUCACCUAUGGAUGCAACAUGCCCUUAGUAGGGCAGAAAUUCUGUAAAUUUCUGAGUUUUCCUUUGUCUAGUCUAAAGAAAAUGAAUUUGACAAAAUAAUGCAAAGCAGAACAGGGCAGAUCCUUGUUCCUGCAUACGGGUAGAGACUCAGUGAAGAGUUUCACGGGUGUAAGUAUCAUGUCCUUUUUUGCCACUGGGUGUCAGAUCAACUCAAUCUGCAGGUAUGAUUUCUGUCAAACACAAAGAUGCUGAAUUGGUGCUUUGAUUUUGAUUUAGGGGUUGGGGUGUAUUUACAACCAAAAGGGAGCUUGUUAAUGAUUUUGACAAUGUAAUCUAGGGAAGUAUUUCUCUAUGGAUGGAUUGGCCCAUAAUGAAUCCUUCCAUCUGCUUCUGGCUGCUUCAGGCCAAGGUUAACAAUUAUUUAAAGUGUAAUAAUAUUGUACAGUGUGUUCAUGUGGGCUCAUUUCUCUUCACUAUGAUGACUCAUUUUGUCUGUGAGACGCUGUGCUGUCAUUCAAAGUAUUGCUGAACGUGUCUUUUUUUUUGUUUCUUUUAUUUUUUAUCUUUUAUUUUUGCAUUUAAUAAAGUUAAGCAUGGCCUCAGCAUUUAUGUGGCUGCGAGUAAUUAAUAUCAUUUCCAUUUGAAUGCAUGAAAGGGCUGAUAAGAUAACUAUGGUUUCAGUUUGAUUCAUAAAAUUAUAGUUAACUGACUGUUUGAUGUGGUGGAGUAACAUUUAUUU